CCGGUUCACACUCCUAAGGACAGCCCAGCCGGGACCCCUACCCCAACGCCACCCCCCAGCCCUUCCAUCGGAGGCAUGCCUUGGAGGACGCGCCUCAACUCCAUCAAAAACAGCUUCCUUGGCUCUCCACGCUUCCACCGCAGGAAACUCCAAGUUCCCACACAAGAGGAGAUGUCCAGCCUCACACCAGAGUCUUCCCCAGAACUUGCCAAAAAAUCCUGGUUUGGUAACUUCAUCAACCUGGAAAAAGAGGAGCAGAUCUUCAUUGUCAUCAGAGACAAGCCUCUUAGCUCCAUCAAGGCAGACAUUGUGCAAGCCUUUCUCUCGAUCCCGAGCCUGAGCCACAGUGUGAUCUCUCAAACCAGUUUCCGUGCAGAGUACAAGUCCACAGCCGGCCCUACAGUCUUCCAGAAGCCGGUCAAAUUCCAGGUGGAUAUCACCUACACGGAGAGCACAGCUGCCACCAAGGAGAAUGGCAUCUACUCUGUCACCUUCACCCUGCUCUCAGGACCCAGCCGGCGCUUUAAGCGAGUAGUUGAGACGAUUCAGAGCCAGUUGUUAAGCACACAUGACCAGCCAGGGGUCCAACAGCUGUCUGGUGAGUAGAAUCCUCUUGUUUUUGAAAAGAAAAUAUUUUUCAAAAUCUUACCCAAAACCUCUUCACCCCCCACCCUAAACCG